AUGUCUUCACUGCCAAUGUGUCAGCUGCAGGAUCUGUUCUUGGUUUACAAGUUAAGAAAUCAGAAAAAUGCAACUUUUCAGUUCCUCCAGGUAAAGGUGAGAAAACAAGAAGAAGAUGAUGAAUUUUCUCCCCCAAAUGAUCAUGAAUCUAUGCUCUCUUCAAAAGUUAUAACUGAAUCUCUAUCAGUGGAAGGUUGCUUCUCCCAUGCUUCAGAAAAAGGGAAUCGAAGUGAUUCUUCACCUUCAGUUGCAAGGAUUGCUAAGCCUUAUUUUGUUUCAAACUUGAAAACGCAGCCAGUUCCAGCAAUCAAAGGCAAAUUGAAGGACAACAAACGUACUGGAGAGAGUAACAAAUUACGUAAUCUCAGAGCCCAAUCAGCAUUGCGUCCUCGAGCAGUCUUGUCUAGUCCUGAUAAUGAUGGGAUGAUUGGAAAGAGAAACAAAUGGAAGAAUGAAAGAACCUUGACUUUGAAAAGUUGUAAUUCUGAGCUGAAGAAGCCAGCUGAAACCAUGGUUACUGCGAAUCAGGGUAAAUCUGAAAGUCCUCUGAACAUAAGAAAAGGCUUCAAGGUUCCAUCUCCAUCCAAGAACACAGGAGCUCUUAAGCAAAAGGGACUCUCAAAGUUCAGCAGCCCGGCCACAAAAAGCAUCCUCUAA